AUGUCUCUGAAUGCAAAAGCAACGAAUGGAAAUGGAAAUGUCGACACUACAUUUUUAUCCAGUAAUCAUAAAGUAAUACAUUAUUUACAAAACUCAACUUUGAAUUCCAACAAUUCAUCGAAUAUUCUACGUAAACCCACUGCCCAAACAUCUGAUCUAUUUCCAGCGAAAGAAACAUCUGUAAAUAACAAUAUCGACCAACAAUCAUCAACUCGUAUACGUUCAUGUUCCGAAGCUGGCUCUUCCUCAUCUGCCAAUGACACAUUAUCAAGUAUAUUUAGUUCAAAUACAUCAUCAUCUGGAAUAUGUAGUACAUUUUCUGACGCUGGUCAUGAAGAAGGUACAUCGACAUCGUCUGAGGAACUGGAUUUUAACCUUGGUUUCGAUCAAAUCAGCGAUAAUGACGAUUUAGAAAUAGCUAAUCUCAAUGAAAUUGAUGACGAUGAAUGUGAACAACGUGAAGGUGAUCAGCAACGAAUUUCAACAAAGAACUGGACAACAAGCGGAGAUACAGCUACACUACUUGACACGAAUGAAUCAAACCUAGACGCACGUAUUAGUGAAUUAGAAGAAUUUCUUCGAAAAUCUUACAAUUCAUCAAAUAUUGACGACUAUGAAUUCAAUAAUGAUGAUACAAUUACUGCAAAUCAAACCAAACAGAAGCCACGCGUACCGUUUCUUCAUGAUUCGACGCAUACGUUAUGUGCACAAGAUCGUUUCUCUGCUUACACAGAAGAUGACGAUCAUGAACACGAACAGAUCACUAAUGGAAUUGGUGUUCGUUCGAAUUCGUUAGGAAUUGUUUCACCGAAUAAAAAUGUAGCUUUACUGGAUAAAGCACCGAAGAAAGUUGUUCGUUUUGCCGACAUGUUGGGUCUCGAUCUCGAAUCAAUCCGUUAUAUGACUCCACCUGAUCAAUCCACAAAUUCACUCAUACAAGAGUGUAUCCGUAUCAAACUUGAACAAUUACGUUUAGCUAAAAACCAGUCGAAUCUAUCUUCUUCUUCUUCUUCAUCCCAAUCACUAUGUCCAUUCAAUCUUCCAAACAUCAAUACUCGAUCAUCGUCUUCAUCUACUCUAACGAAUGCAGUCAAACCAACAUCUCGUUACUUUCUCAUUUCAAAACAUUUCACAUCACCCACCAACAUUAUCCCGUUAAUUUACGAUCAACAAGUUAUGUUAGAAUGUUUAUACACAAAGGAUUCAAUCGCUUAUGGAACUGUUCGCGUACACAAUUGCGCGUAUGAUAAACGUAUAUUCGCACGUAUAACCGACAACGAUUGGCAAUCUUAUCAAGACAUUCAAGCAUGGCAUUCAAUGAAUUAUCCAAACGACAACACAGAUACAUUUACAUUUGAAAUACGUCUAGGAAAAUACAAAGAUGCCAAUGAAGUACCAAAACAGAUCUAUUUCGCCGUUUGUUUACAAGCGAUGUGUCGUGAAUUUUGGGAUAAUAAUCAUGGAUGGAACUACAUCUUAGGAGUUCUCGAAAGACGAUGA